GUGAACAGCGGGGAGGGGUCGGUAUGGACUCCAUGCCUCUCUGUGACAAGCAUCUUUUUGGCAGAGCGGCUGAUGGCAGCCCAGCCAGACGCAGCGGAAACAGCGGCAGGAGCAGCAGCGGAAAGGAUCCCCCAGUAAUCAGAUUCGAAUUACCGUUUCCCUCGUCGCCACGGAGACGUCUUUCUUUGCAGGAAGUGGAGCGUUUCUGGAGAAGCUCGUGGCAUCAGAUCUCCACGCAGGACCAGAAAAUAGUACUUGUGAUGUUCUAGCUGUUUCGGAAACGACGACCUUUGACACUUUACCGCUUCACCGAGGAUCCCGCAAAGUUUUCAAAGAAAGAACUCAAAGAAAAGAUGACCGCCAUGCAGAAGCUGCUGCAGCUGCCCGUGAACGCGGUGAACAUGGUGAAGACUGUGCAGAGUCAGGUGCAGGGUCACGAAGAGGACAAGAGCCCCGUGCUGACCCCCGAUGGCGGGCAGCAGACCUGGUACAGCGCCCUGAGGCCUGACGAGCUGCGCCACCUCCGCUCGGGGAGCAGCGGAGGAGGAGGUGUUGGCGACAGAGGGAGAGAUCAGGAGGAGCGAGCGCCACCGGAGGAAGGUGGCGGCGCUAACGGGAGUUCCCAAAGUCAACCUUUGCGACACGACGACCUGAAGGAGAUGCUGGACAGCAACAAAGACUCGCUGAAGCUGGAGGCCAUGAAACGCAUCGUGGCCAUGAUCGCCCGCGGUAAAAAUGCGUCAGACCUCUUCCCUGCGGUAGUGAAAAAUGUGGCUUGUAAAAAUAUUGAGGUGAAGAAGCUGGUCUACGUUUACCUCGUACGCUACGCCGAGGAGCAGCAAGACCUCGCACUGCUCUCCAUCUCCACGUUUCAGCGAGGCUUGAAGGAUCCCAACCAGCUGAUCAGAGCCAGCGCGUUGCGAGUCCUCUCCAGCAUCCGAGUCACCAUCAUUGUUCCCAUAAUGAUGCUGGCCAUCAAAGAGGCCGCUUCCGACAUGUCUCCUUAUGUUCGGAAGACUGCUGCCCACGCCAUCCCUAAGCUCUACAGUCUGGAUCCAGAACAGAAGGACCAGCUAAUUGAAGUCAUUGAGAAACUCCUUGCUGACAAAACCACACUUGUGGCAGGCAGCGUGGUCAUGGCCUUUGAGGAGGUGUGUCCCGAGCGGAUCGACCUGAUCCACAAGAACUACAGGAAGCUCUGCAACCUCCUGAUCGACGUGGAGGAGUGGGGCCAGGUGGUCAUCAUCAACAUGCUGACGCGCUACGCCAGGACGCAGUUCCUCAACCCCAACAUCAAUCUAGGUGAUCAAGCAAAAAGUCAAGAAUUUUUCAAGGAAUCCCUGCUGGAGGAAGGCGGAGACAAGACCUUCUAUGGCUCCGAUGGCAACGGCGACGACGAAGAUGAGGAGGACAAGCUGAAGAAGGCCGAGGUGGCCGCUUUGGCCAAGAGGAAGCCGUAUGUGAUGGAUCCGGACCACCGGCUGCUGCUGAGGAACACCAAGCCACUCUUGCAGAGCCGCAACGCAGCUGUGGUGAUGGCCGUGGCUCAGCUCUACUUUCAUCUCGCCCCCAAAGCGGAGGUCGGGGUGAUCGCCAAGGCUCUGGUGCGUCUUCUGCGGAGUCACAGUGAAGUUCAGUACGUUGUUCUUCAAAAUGUGGCCACAAUGACCAUCAAGAGAAGGGGGAUGUUCGAACCGUACCUGAAGAGUUUCUACAUCCGCUCCACAGACCCGACACAGAUAAAAAUCCUCAAGCUGGAGGUUCUCACCAAUCUUGCCAAUGAGACCAACAUCUCCACGAUUCUCAGAGAGUUUCAGACAUACAUUAAAAGCAUGGAUAAAGACUUUGUGGCCGCCACCAUCCAAGCCAUCGGCCGCUGUGCCACCAACAUCGGAGAAGUGAGGGACACGUGUCUGAACGGCCUGGUGCAGCUGCUGUCCAACAGAGACGAGUUGGUGGUGGCUGAGUCGGUGGUGGUCAUCAAGAAGCUGCUGCAGAUGCAGCCUGAGAAGCACAGCGACAUCAUCAAGCACAUGGCCAAACUGACGGACAACAUCCAGGUGCCGAUGGCGCGGGCCAGCAUUCUGUGGCUGAUCGGCGAAUACUGCGAGCACGUGCCUAAGAUCGCCCCGGACGUCCUGAGGAAGAUGGCCAAGUCCUUCACCAAUGAGGAGGACAUUGUCAAGCUUCAGAUACUCAACCUGGCUGCCAAGCUCUAUCUCACCAACUCCAAACAGACCAAACUGUUGACGCAGUAUGUCCUCAACCUGGCCAAGUACGACCAGAACUACGACAUCCGCGAUCGGGCACGCUUCAUCCGCCAGCUCAUCGUACCCACCGAGAAGAGCGGAGCCCUCAGCAAGUACGCCAAAAAACUCUUCCUGGCCCUCAAGCCCGCGCCCGUCCUGGAGUCUCCGUUUAAAGAUCGAGACCACUUCCAGCUGGGCUCGCUGUCGCACCUGCUGAACGCCAAAACCGGCGGCUACCAGGAGUUGCCCGACUGGCCGGAAGCCGCCCCAGAUCCCUCCGUGCGCAACGUGGAGGUGAAGGAGUCUUCUUGCCAGGUAUUUUCGCUGCUUGAGCGAGUCACAACGUUGACCAGCGUGCCCGAGUGGACCAAGUGCAGCAGCCGGGAGAAGAGGAAGGAGAAGAAAGUGGAGAAGCCCUUCUACUCCGACUCUGAGGGCGAGUCUGGGCCGACUGAGUCCGCCGACAGCGAGUCGUACUCCUCCAGUGGCUCCGACAGCGGAAGCGGGAGCGCCGAAAACGGUUCGGGAUCAGAGAGCGAAGACAGCGUAGAAGCUUCAGAGUCGGAGGAAGAGGAGGAGCACAAGAAGAAGAAGAAGAAAGAGUUCAAGAGGCCGGUGCAAGAAAGCGAAAGCGAGGAGAGCAGUGAGGAGGAAGAGAGGAAGCGCAAACAACUGAAGAGCAACUCUGAGUCGGAGUCUGACGAAGACGAGGAAAGCGAUUCCGAAAGCAGCCAAUCGGAAUCUGAAGAUUCAGAGUCGGAGGUGGACGUCAAAAAGAAGAAGGAAGUGCAAUCAAAAGCUCCCUCCAAGCCCGUCACAAAAGAGAGCAAGAAAGAAAAGAAAGAAAUGUCGCUGCUGGACCUUGACGACUUCGAACCCGCCGCUUCGCCUCAAGUGACGCCCGUCAACUCCUUCCUGUGCAGCAGUCUCGUGACUGACCUGGAGGGUUUGUCUUUGUCUGACUCCGUCCUCUCGCCCAUUGCCAUCUCGCCGUCGGGCGCGCAGACGAGCUACGAGCUGCUGCACCGCAUCACUGGGGAGGGCCUGUCGGUGGUUUACUGCUUCAGCCGCCAGCCGUUCGGCCCCGACCCCAAGAUGGUGGCGGUGCAGAUGCAGUUCGCCAACAGCGCCGCCGCAGACGCCAAGAACCUGCACAUGGAGGACGUCAAGAUGCAGUCCGGCAUGAGGGUCCAAGAGUUCCCGGAAAUCGAGCUGCUUCCUGCGGGUGAGACGGCCACCGCCGAGAUGGGCAUCGACUUCUGCGACUCCACACAAGCGGCAAACUUCCAGCUGUGCACUCACAGCAGGAAGUUCUUCGUCUCCAUCCAGCCGCCAGUUGGAGAGCUGAUGAAACCCAUUUUCAUGACCGAGAACGAGUUUAAAAAGGAGCAAGAGACGCUAUCACAGCGUCUAGGUCAGCUGAUGGGCAUGAACGAGAUCACAGAGAGGCUGACGCUGGACGCAAAGUGCCGGGACGAGCACGCCGUCGUCCAGAGGGUGACGGCCGCCGCCAACCUCAGCAGAGUGCCCUGUGGCUCCGACAAAGAAUGCAGUCCUCCACUUCCUCUUCCUGCACUUCCACUUCCUGUGCACAGAUUCGCCGGCAGGACGGUGAGCGGCGGCAGCCUGGUGCUGGUCACCGUGGCGACCAAGGAGGACGGUGCCGCCCAGCUGACGCUCAACUGCGACAAGAUGGUGAUCGGCACCAUGCUGGUCAAGGACAUCCUGCUGGCGCUCACGCAGUGACGCGGGCGCUGCUCGCAUCCCGCCUGCCCGCUUCCACUCUCCCGCCUUCGCCUGGAAUGUUCGUGUUUGUUUCUUUGUUUGUUUUUUGGUUUCCAGCUUGCCACCUCUUUGACAAUCAGAAAAAGGAUGACCCCACGCUACGUCUGCUAACAGGAACAACAUGACGGCAUCUCAAGACUACAUUAUGUUGCCCGCUACCUAGAAAAUGAAUUCCAUUCCAGAAAACUUCUCGGGGCUCUUGGUGCCAAUUAAUAGUUGGUUUCUGAAGGUUAAGUAGUCAAGUAGUCAUUUUAGAUUAUUUUUUCCUUACAAUUUCCACCAAAUUCCAUAUUUAAGAACAUUGGAGAAUUUUUUGUUGUUGUUUUGAAGAAAAACAUUGGUUAUCAGAUGUUAUUCGGUAACGUUCGAUUUUCUUCUUUCAAACGAUUUCUAUCUAAUUUCAUAUAAAAUAACAUUUGAGAAACUUUGUUUUGUUUAAAAAAAACAAUACAUUGUUUCAAAUGUAAUUUAGUAAUAUUAGGUUUUUUAGUUUAUAAUUUUAAAACAAUUUCUAACAAAUUCACUUUUGUUUCUUUUCAUUAAAUUAGGUUAUCAAAUGUUAUUUAGCAAUGUUCGAGGAUUCUUUUAUUUAUUUUCUACCAAAUUUCAUAUUGAGAAACAUUUGAGAAAUGUUUUUUUAUAUUAUUUUUACUUUCUUUAAAAAAACAUUUCCCAAAUUCCAUAUGAAUUCGGAAUAUUUCUUUUUACACUUGAAAAGAAUUAAAUAAAAAUUUAGUUAUCAAAUCUCAUGUUUUUUUGUUAAUUUUUAUAUCUAACUUGGUCAUUAAUUUCCUCUUAUUUAAGUUUAUUUGGCUAAUUGCUUUUAAAGGCACAACUGUUAUGAAAUUGCAGAUUUUAAAAAAACCCCAAAAACAACCAAUGUAGGUCAUAGAAGACGUUUGCGUUUGAACGUGGCAUGACAAUUUCAAUCUUAUGUUGCAGUUAAAAAGUAAGACAAUAGCGGGAAUAAACAUUUGAAAUGUUGCUUUGUAUGCAACACUGCUACUGUAUGUACAGUAUGUGUGUGUUAUACUGUAUAUAUAAUACAAACCGCUCAUCUCAGACUUUUUACUUUUUUUUAACACUGGACGUGUUGUUGUUACAUGCAGAUUAUUUUAUUGUAUUUGUUGUUCUCCUUUGGGCCUUAAAGUAUAAUAAACCUGUGAACAUGUCACUUUUUUCUUUAAUUUUGGCUUAAAAAUUAAAUUCCAAUAAUUAUUGGGUAUUGUUAGGUAUUAAGUUCAUUAUUGAUUUCAGUGAAAUUUUAAAUAACAAUUGCUGAAAAUUAUAUCCAAAUAUAUUGGUAUCUUGUAAUAAAUUAGUGAAACUGCCCCCAUUUUACCCUGAUUUUGGCUUAAAAGGCUUACUGUAAUAAUUCAUAUUAGUCAUACAAAAAUUGUAAAACUUCACUGUCAUUCAUUUUGAUUCAUUUUUUUUAACAAUCUAUUUUGCCAAAUAAUUGAGCGUGAUACCCUGUGACAGAUGAGUAAAAAGGCUCCACAAUUGUUUUUAUUUUUUUUACCUUUUGGCUUCAAUGUAAUUAAAAAGUUAAAAUUCAGUUCUUCAAUGAUCAAAAAAGUUGUUUUUUUUACUGUUGGUGAAUGUAAGUUAUUUUAACAAAGCAGAUAUUUUUUUUUCUACAUGGCGCAUUUUAUCCCGACACCAUUUGUUUUAAAAUGCAAAUGAUGUAUUAUUUUUCAUCACGACUGUUGUGUGCUGCUUGACAACUGUAGGAGACAAAUAAAUGAUAAAAAAAGAUA